AUGGCGACACUCUUGCUUGCCGGUAUCCUAGCGGCUAUCUUCGUCUCAUACUACCGCUCAUGGAGGAGGCUCGCCCACGUCCCAGGGCCCGCCACUGCACAUAUCUCCAUUCUAUGGCUCCUACGACGAGCCUGGAACAAGGAACUCUUCCCCUGUCUGAUCGAGGCCGGGAACAAGUACGGCCUACUAACCCGCAUCGGCCCGAACCUGGUCCUGGUCUCGGACCCGGACGAAGUCCGCCGCAUCUCGGGCGUCCGGUCCGAGUACACCAAGGGUCCGGCCUACGACGCCGGACGCGUCACCGACGACGACGGCGAACCCCAUGUCGCCUCGCAGCGCGACCCGGCCAAGCACAAGGCCCUGCGUGCCAAGAUGGGGCCGGCCUACUCCAUCAGCAUGGAGCCGGCCGUCGACCGGCAGAUUGCGAACCUGGUGAGGCUGAUUGAGGACAAGUACGUCGUCGGCAGGACGGGGACGGGGACGAGUCGUCCGGACUUUGACUUUGCGCAGAAGGCGCAGUUCUGGGGGCUGGAUUGCGUCGGGGAUUUUGCGUUUGGGAGCCCGUUUGGCUUCUUGACGCGCGACGAGGACGUGCAUCGGUUUGUGGAGAUGAAUGAUGUGUCGCUCAAGAUGGUGACGGUGGCCGGGCUGGUGCCGUGGUUGAAUCGGUUGCGGACAGUGUGGCCUUUGAAUCUGCUGGUGCCGAGGGAGGGAGAUAAGGUUGGGUUCGGCAUUCUGUUUGGGUUUGCCAAAGACUUGGUCGAUCGAAGAACCGCUGAAGGCGCCGAGCCACAGGCGGAUAUGAUGCAAGCAUUCAUCCGCAGCGGCAUGACCAAGGACGAACUGAUGCAGCAAGUUUACAUUCACAUAAUCGCCGGCGCAGAUGCCUCCUCCAACCUCGCCCGAAUGACCAUGCUCUCCCUCCUGACCUCACCACCAGCCUACCUCGCCCUCCAACGAGAAAUCGACGCCGCCAUCUCGGCCGGCCAGAUCAGCUCCCCCGCCACCGGCGCCGAAGCAUCCCGCCUCCCCUACCUCCAAGCCGCCGUCCGCGAGGCCCUCCGCGUCCACCCGCCCUCCGUCUCCCCCUCCAAACUCUCCCCGUCCGCCGGCGACACCAUCGCGGGCAUCUACGUCCCAGGCGGCACCCAGGUCGGCGCCAACGUGCCUGGGAUCCUGCUGUCCGAAGCCAUCUUUGGAGCGGACGCGCACUGCUACCGGCCCGAGCGGUGGCUCGAGGCGGCGGCGGGGGCGCAACAGGACGAGGCGAGACUGCGACGGAUGCAGUCGGCGCUGGACAUCGUUUUUGGGGCGGGAAAGUUCCAGUGUCCUGGGCGCGCUAUCUCGUAUAUGGAGGUGGGCAAGUUGUUUGUUGAGUUGAUGAGGAGGUUUGAUUUUUCGCUGGUGGAUGGUGUUAGGCCUGCUACGGUGGAGUCGUGGGCGGUGCUGGUGGUGCAUGGGAUGAAUCUGAGGGUCACGUUUCGGCGAGGGUAUGAGGCUGGGUAUUCGAGAGAGAAGCGGUGA